AUGGCGGAGGAUAUUGCAGCAUUCACCAUCGACCAAUGCAGGGCCCACCAGAAGGUACUGCGCUUUAAGAUAACCGGAUGCUGCACCCGUAUGCGGAAAGUUAUAACCAACAAGCUUUCACGCCGUGAAGCCACGCGUCUCUUGGAUGAGGCUCGCACUCUCCUUGGUGAUUCCGGCCCGAUUAAUGACCGAGAUGUUGACGCAGUGGCGGACGAGGUGGCUGCUUAUAUCUCUAGCCGAGAGGGGGAUUCAGCUUCCGUCCCUGGAUGGGAUCCUACAGAUCCGGAAGUAAUCGCAGCCCGACAACGAGCCCAAGACGCCACGAAGGUUUACGAGGAGGCCGCCAAAGCAGCCGAAGAAGCAUUGAAGGAGAUGGAGGCAGCAAAGCAGUCCGUUCAGGACCUAGGGGAGGAGAAGGACUUAAAUGGAGAUCGAGAGGACGAUUUUAAGUCGAUUAUCUCCGUACCCCCGUACAAACCGGUAGCACGAGUUCAUGCUCCGGAUGAAUGGAUCACCAACUAUUGCAGUGGAAGAGAGAAGCCCUUCGUUUAUUCCGGUGAUCAUCGCCAUACAUCGGUUCGAGUUGAUUUGGAGGUUUACUCUGGGCGCGCUCUGGAUUGCUUUGAGUGGAUCGACCUCUUUCACUCACUCGUACACCAGACCGGCAAGGCACCUGGAGAGAAGCUGGCGAUUUUGAAGAGGAACGUACGGGGAGAGACGGCCGAUUUAGUUUACGGAUUAGGUGGAGGUGAGCUGGCCUACAAGGAGUCUCUCCGACGUUUGAAGGAGACAUGUGGCAGCCGUGCAGUUAUCCGUGCAGCACAUCUUCAAGCCUUGGAUCGAGUCGAGCCUACAACGCCCGCUACAUUCCGUAGAUUUGCCGAAAAGGUGAGGACUCACCUCUUUAAUCUCACCUGGAUCGGGGAGACCGGCCAUGCUGAUUUGAUCGAGCGGCUCACGCAGAAGCUCCAGCCCCAGGAUCGGUUGCACUGGAAUGACGGCCAGCGUGGAGGAUUGGAGCGUCGCACCAUGAACGAGUUUGGCCACUGGAUAUGUACGCGAGCGGCUGCCUACCAGAAUGCAUACUCCAUUGCCGCCGAACAGCACCAGAGAACACGGCCACCCCAGACGGGAAACAACUCGCAUCAUCAGAAGAGGCAUUCACGGGCCCACCAGGCCUCCACCAAUCACCGAGCUGGACCGGCUCGAGGGGCUCCUGCCCCUACGCCUCGUGAAGGAACGACACCAGUAUCCAAGCCUCCAUAUUGUUUAAAAUGUGAGGGUGAGCAUCGGUUGGCUGAUUGCCAAUUCUUCAAGAAUAUGCCCGUGGCCGGACGAAUGACCUUCAUCAUGGUGCGUGGCCUGUGUUACUGUUGCUUCGGCGUACGACAUGGAGCUGGCAACUUUAGUUUCAAGAAAGAAUGCGGCAAGGACGGAUGCAAGACGUUCCACCACCCUCUGAUCCACACUGACCGGGGACUUCCGGAGAGAACGGGCACCUCACAUUCGGCCAGAGCAACGUCCGGUACCAUCGCCUUUGGUGUGAUCCGCCUCGACGCCAUGAAUGCUGACGGGGAGCUGGUGCCCAUCAAUGUCAUGUUGGACGCCGGGAGCAACACAACUUUCAUCCGUGAGGGAUUGGUUCGUUCGCUACGGAUUUCAGGCGAGCGACAGACACUUCGGAUCCAGGGAGUAGCUGAUGCGGCUUCAACGCAUCCGAAUUCAGAAGAAUUGUUUCUUCAGCUGAAAACGGCCUUCGGUGACAUGGUGACUCUGAAGGGCUCGACCUUAAAGACCGUGACACAGCCAGUUCCCGUGUACAAUUGGGAGCAGCUUCGCCACCGUUGGACCCACCUUAACGACUUGCCGCCGCUACGCAGCUCCGGCGGAAGAAUUGACGUCCUGAUUGGUUUAAACCGUACAACUCUCAUCACACCGACAGAUUAUCGACUUGGAGCCGACGACGAGCCAGCAGCUAUCAAGACCAGGCUAGGAUGGACAAUCCUUGGUGUGCUGGGAUCAGGAUCGACGACAAAGGCCCUCUGCCACCGUGCCUUUGCCUCAUCAGACGUACACAUCACAGCGGAGCUGGUGGAACAACUACGACGGUUCUACGACACCGAAUCAUUCGGUACCGAGUACCAGGGUGCCGGAAUGUCCACCGAAGAUCGACGGGCAGUCGCGAGGCUGGACGCUGAGACCAAGAAGCUGGAUGUGGGUUACCAGGCCCCAAUUCUCUGGAAGGAUGAAGAGCCUCCAUUGCUGCCCGACAACCGGAGUGUAGCUGAUUCCCGUAUUCGUCCGCUUUUGAACAAAUUUGCAAGAGAUCCAGCCUAUGAGAAACACUAUCGAGAGUCGAUGGCCAAGAACUUUGCUGAAGGUUAUGCAAGGCGGCUGUCUACCACAGAGGUCGAGGAGCGGCCAACUCGAUAUUGGCUACCCCAUUUUGCAGUACCCAAGGUUGCCGGCCAUCCUGAGCUGCGGUUGGUGUUCGACGCAGCUGCCAAGUACCGUGGGAGGAGCCUUAAUGAUUACGUCACACCUGGUCCAGCACUUCAAAAUCCGCUGCCAGCGGUAAUUCUACACUUCCGGGAAGGAGAGGUGUCGUGGUCGGCAGACAUAGGAGCCAUGUUCAGCCGGAUCCGACUAGACGACGUGGAUCGACGCUACCUUCGAUUCCUCUGGCCGGAAGAAGACGGAACAUUGACAACGUGUGAGAUGACACGGGUGACCUUUGGUGUCUCAUGUUCGCCCUAUACGGCUAUCCGAACGACCUGGAGAGCAGCAGACGACGCCGCCGUAGACCAGGGUGAGGCAGCAGCCGCCAUCCGGAGGUACCUCUACGUGGACGAUUACCUGGAUUCCAGCAAGACCACUGACGAGGCGUUGCGCCGGGCGACAGCAGUCAACAAGGCUCUGAGCAGUGGUGACUUCCACCUUAACCAUUGGGUGACCAACGAUGCACGCCUGCUGGAGCAGCUUUCGAUUCCGGACCCAAAGGAGAGCGGCGUCAACACGGUCAACCUUGGCGCUGACGACGCCGAGAUGGUCCUUGGCGUCACCUGGAGGCCCGCCACUGAUGUUUUAGGGUUUCGUGUCCGGUUGGCAGAGAUCAACUAUACCCGUGCCGGCCUUCUUUCGAAAGUUUCCGGAUUGUUUGAUCCCCUCGGCGCCGCAGCCCCAAUCACCGUUAAGGCCAAGAAACGUCUUCGCCACCUUGGCGUGAAAGGCCUGAAAUGGGAGGAUUCGGUGACUGGACCGGACCGUGAAUGGUGGGAGAGCUAUUUUGACACAAUGCAGCAGCUAAAGACGGUGGAAUUUGCCCGCUGCCUCUUUCCGGAUGAAGACCGAAUCGUCCGGACCGAACUGGCCACGUUCGUGGACGCCUCUGAGGAGGCCUGCGCCGCCGUAUGUUUUAUCCGUAAUGUUUACCGUGACCACCGAGUGAUCGUGCGCUUCAUCAAGGCCGUGACAAAGUUGGCGCCGCUGAAAACAGUGUCCCAGUCGGUGCGCAACUGGGUUCGAGCGUUAUCUGGUGACUACCAGGUCUACGUGAGCAAUCGUAUCGGUGAAAUCCAGACCCAAUCGGACCCUUCAGAGUGGCGUUUCGUCCCGGGAGUCCUAAACCCAGCGGAUGCGGCGACCCGCUCUCAACUGGAUGACCGGGCAAUCCCAGCGUGUUGGUUGGACGGACCACCCUUCUUGUAUCAAGAGGAGACGGCCUGGCCGCAAGACCUCCCCUGGACCUUGGAGAAGGCGGAAAUGCGUGGGGCCCGCGCCCAUGUGAGUGAUGUCGUGUCGGAGAAAAUAGUGCCAUUCGACUGGAAGACGGUGAAGAUAGCUGCCAGCGACGUGCCUACUCUCAUCAGAUUAGAGAAUGACUAUCUCGAUCUCGUCCGACGGUGCCAGAGGGAGACCUAUCCCGAGGAGAUAAGCAGACUGGAGCGUGGAAAAGUGAUUCGCCCUACAUCAUCCUUGCAGCCCUUGACCCCCUUUCUGGAUGCUGACAAGGUGUUGCGGCUUGGAGGCCGUCUCAGCAGAGCGAAUUUACCGUACGAGGUUCUCCACCCGCCGAUUCUGAAUGACCGACAUCUGUUAGCGCGAGCAAUCAUCCGCGCCUUUCAUGAGCAGCUUCAUCAUUCCGGAACCGACAUGGUGCUUGCCCAGGUGCGACAACAUUUCUGGAUCACAGCAGGAAGAGAGGCGGUCAAGAGAGCUCGCAACGAGUGUCUGGCGUGUCGGCGUUUCCGACCAAAAGCAGCGCUACAGAUGAUGGCGGACGUUCACAGGGCCCGGCUAGGUGCUCAUCAGCCUCCGUUCACCUACACCUCCGUCGACUAUUUCCGCCCCAUUGACAUCGCCUACCACAGAGGGACGGCCAAGCGAUGGGGCGUCCUGUUUACGUGUUUAGUGACGCGUGCCGUGUACGUCGACGUGGCGAUCUCUCUAUCAGCCAACGAUUUCUUGCUGGUUUUGCGCCGCUUCGUUUCUAUCUACCGCAAGCCAGCUGAGAUGUUCUCCGACAACGGAACUAAUUUGACCGGGGCGGAGCGACUAUUACGUGAAGAGCUAGAGAGACUAAAGGAGAGUUCGGCGUUGGAGACGGAGCUCAAAGCUCUCGGGAUUCAAUGGUGGUUCCAGCCAGCCCAGACACCCCACUUUGGUGGAGCUCACGAAUCACUGGUGCGUUCGGUCAAGCGAGCGCUCUGCCCCGUGCUGGACAAGGAGUUGAACGGUCAGCGUAAUCCGAGCGAGGAGAUUCUUCGGACGCUCCUGUUUGAGGUGUCAGGACUGCUCAAUUCCCGCCCACUGACUUAUGUCAGCUCAGAUGCGGACGACAUUCGGCCCUUGACGCCGAACGAUUUUUUGAAUCACGCGCCAGUUGCGGAUCUACCGGCGGGUGAUUUCUCUCGUGCCUUACCACGGGACCACUACCGGUACGUUCAACGGAUGGCGUACCGCUUCUGGGAGCUGUGGCAUGGAGCAUUCCUGCAGUCCAUGACCUCGCGACGCAAAUGGACAAGACCAGCCCGGAACUUAGCGGUUGGCGAUUUCGUGCUCGACGAUUGGAAGGAUGCACCGCGAGGACGCUGGCGGACCGGAAGAGUUGUGAGAACGUAUCCGGGAAAAGAUGAACUAGUUCGAGCGGUAGACGUCGAGUUUUCUACAGGGAUAUUGCGCCGUGGAGCUAAUCAACUCGCCUUAUUGGAACCAAGCUCACUCGCUCCGGAAGCCGGAUCCAGUUCGGGGGAGAAUGGUUCGGCGGAUGCUGUUUAG